AAAAAGAAGAAGAGGAAGUAGCUACAGUGUAUUUGUUGCUGCUGGCUUCACUGUGAAUCUGAUGCGACAUCAAGAGGCAAUUUGGGGAUUUUCUGGACUUUUCUUUUUAAGCCGACGAGGGAUUUCUUGUUGUCAUGGGUCUUUUCGGAGAUACAUACGGUUGGAUGGUGAUCUUCAUCCUCCUCUUCUCCUCUUCUUCGGCUCACGGUGACAUCUUCACCUCCAUCGGUCAGAUGACCGACCUCCUGUUUGUGGAGAAGGACCUGGUCUCCUCCCUGAAGGACUACAUCCGAGCAGAGGAGAGCAAACUGGAGCAGAUUAAAAAAUGGGCGGACAAACUGGACGUCCUGUCUGCGGCGGCCACUCUGGACCCCGAGGCCUUCCUGGGACACCCGGUGAACGCUUUCAAACUGAUGAAGAGACUGAACACGGAGUGGGGGGAGCUGGAGAGCCUGGUGCUCACCGACACGUCCCACGCGUUCAUCUCGAACCUCACCAUCCACAGGCAGCACUUCCCAAACGAUGAGGACCAGACCGGAGCCGCCAAAGCUCUGACGCGGCUGCUGGAAACCUACCGGCUAGACACCGACACGUUCUCCUCCGGAGAGCUGCCAGGCUUGUCCCUCUCCUCCCCUCGCAGCUCUCUGACGGCGAGCGACUGCUUUGACCUGGGGAAGGUGGCGUACUCGGAGGCCGACUACUACCACACGGAGCUGUGGAUGAUUCAGGCGCUGAAGCAGCUGGACGCGGGGGGCGGGGGGGCCGUGGACGCCGUUGCCGUGGAUGCCGUUGCCGUGGAUGCCGUUGCCGUGGACGCCGUCACCAUCCUGGACUACCUGAGUUACUCCGUCUACCAGCAGGGGGCGCUGGAGAGGGCGCUGGACUUCACCCGCAGACUGCUGGCCCUCGACCCGACGCACCAGCGAGCCAACGGAAACCUCAAGUACUUUGAGUUCCAGCUCGCCAAACAGAGGAAGGCGGAGGAGAGCGAGGGGGAGGAGGGGGAGGCGAGGAAGAGGAGGGAGACCCGGGGUCGCCCCCCCGACUACCUGCCCGAGAGGAAGAAGUACGAACAGCUGUGCCGCGGCGAGGGAAUCAGGAUGACUCCUCGCAGGCAGAGCCGCCUCUUCUGCCGUUACCACGACAACAACCGCCACCCGAUGUACGUGAUUGGUCCGGUGAAGCAAGAGGACGAGUGGGACCGCCCCCGCAUCCUCCGAUACCACGACAUCGUCUCGGACGCCGAGAUAGAGCGAGUGAAAGAGCUCGCCAAACCCAGGCUGCGCCGAGCCACCAUUUCCAACCCUGUCACCGGUGUUCUGGAGCCGGCCCACUACCGCAUCAGCAAGAGUGCCUGGCUGGGAGCGUUUGAACACCCCGUGGUGGACCGGAUCAACCAGAGGAUUGAAGACGUCACCGGUCUGGACGUCACCACAGCAGAGGAGCUGCAGGUGGCUAACUACGGCGUCGGAGGACAGUACGAACCUCACUUUGACUUCCGACGGAAAGAUGAACCAGAUGCUUUUGAAGAGUUGGGGACAGGAAACAGAAUCGCCACCUGGCUGCUCUACAUGAGUGACGUACCGGCAGGGGGCGCCACCGUCUUUACUGAUGUCGGAGCUGCUGUCUGGCCCAAAAAGGGGACGGCCGUCUUCUGGUACAACCUGUUCCCCAGCGGAGAAGGAGACGAUCGGACCAGACACGCUGCCUGUCCUGUUCUGGUCGGAAACAAGUGGGUGUCCAAUAAAUGGAUCCAUGAGCGAGGACAGGAGUUCAGGCGGCGCUGUGGCCUCCGUGAGACCGACUGACCGCCGCUCUGAUGUCACAUGUUCACCUAAAACCGCCCAAAAUCUGGUUACUGUUACAGUGACAGCAGCUGCUUUUAUUUAUUUUUUUAUUCAGAUUUUAUUCAAAUUGUUAAAAGGGAACUUCAGUUUUUUUUUUUCAACCUGGACUUUAUUUCCAUGUUUUUGUGUCUAAGUGACUGAUGGGAACAACAAUGAA